GUUGCUCUUUGAACAACAAAUGCUAUUCUGAAAAUGAAGUAUGGAAUGAUACUGUAGAAUGUAUAGAAUACCAGUGUAUCAAAAUUAAUGGACCGGAUGGCCCUGUGAUGCAAGUCUCUGGUGUUGGAAAUGGUUGUUUCUUUAACCAAACAUGCAUGGCGGUUAACAGUACAUGGGCAGAUGGUUGCAGAACAAGAAAAUGUGUUUUAUACCGAACAGGAAAUAUGACCCACCAAAGCAUUGCGCCCAUUUCUGCAGGGUGUGAUGACGAAGGUGUAUGUAGAAAGGUCGGUUACAAGAAGGUCACAGACACGUGCAUGCAUUACAAAUGUAAAUUCAGCAACAAGUACAAAGACGCUUUCUUCUCUCUCGACAAAGGAGCUUGCCGGGCUACUGACAGCCAGUGUCAUGAUAUUGGAAAGAGAUGGACGGAGAAACGAACGAACAUUUGUUUCAUUUACAAAUGCGAGAAGAAAAAUCUUGGUUAUUUGUCAAAAAUGCUCGAACAAAAAUGUUUGGACAGUAACGGCAAAUGUCAGCCAGUUGGAUCCACUGGAUUCCCGGCAAAAGUCAAAGGAGUAGUUCGCAAGGACUGUAGCUGUGUUCAAUCAACCACACAAAUCUCUGGGAUUGCCAUCAGAUGUAAAGGAUAGGAACCCAUACACGUUUCUCUGUGCAGUGUGUUUGAUAAUAAAUCAAAACUAUGUUUUGAAUGACGUUAA